AUGUAUUGCAACAAACAUUGUAUUACAAUCUUACUUGUGAGCACUUUAUUGUGUUUACUUAUGAUUGAAAGUGUGUUGGUUUUUGGACAAUGCCCAUAUCAACAAGCUGGUCUAGUCAAUUUUAAUACUUUGACUGGAUGGAAUGUAGCAAAUUCUGAUAUUGUUAUCUCAAACGCUGUCAAGAUGAAUGUCUCUCCUCCCAAUAGAUUACGUUCGAUUACGGUCAAAUCAGGUGGUUCUUUAAUAUUUGAUAAUGUAAAUUUGAGCUUGGAUUUGAAUUUUAUUAGAGUUGAAUCAAAUGGUAGUUUUAUUAUGGGAAGUUCAAGUUGUCCAAUCACUUCAAAGGUUGUUGUUACAUUCUAUGGCGAUCGUGUGAGCAGUUCAGUUAAUGACAUUGGUUCAGAUCCAUAUGAUGGAGCAAGUUUGGGUUCUAAGGGUAUUGCAUUCUUAAGUGGUUCAAUUGUUCAAAUGUAUGGUAAAGUUUAUGGUCCAAGUUGGACAGAAAUUGUUAAGAAUGCAUCCAAGGGAAUUAAUCAACUUGAGUUGAGAGAUGCCGUUACUUGGAAUGUUGGUGAUUCUAUUGUUGUUAGUUCUACUGACUAUGGUGAGGUGUAUGAUUAUAGAGUUGAAAAGAAUGCUUCCUUGGGAUGGAUUAGAGGAGAACCAUUCCCAAAUCAAAAUGAAGAACGAAAGAUUAUUCAAUUAUUGAAUGGUAAUAAGACUGUUGUUCUUGAUAGAGCAUUGAACUUUACUCACUUUGCAAGUGCAAAUGGAAAGAUCCGUGCAGAGGUUGGUUUAUUAACAAGAAGAAUUGUCUUUAGAGGGGAUGAUUCGUCUGAGAGUUCAUUAUUUGGUGGUCACUUUAUUAUUCGUUUGGUUGAAAAGUUCCAAAUGGAAGGAGUUGAAAUUACAAGAUUUGGUCAACAAGGUUUAAUGGGAAGAUAUAGUUACCAAAGAUGUUUUGUUGUUCACGAUACUAAUUAUAUUCUUCUGAAGAAUAAUGUUUGUUAUCGUGCUUUUGGUCAUAUGUACUUUUUAGAGGAUGGUUCUGAAGUAGGAAACGAAUUUAACAAUAAUUUGGGCGUUGACCCCAUUCCAAUCUCAAGAGAAAAUCCUCGUCAAAUCAUUUUAUCUGAUUCUGAUGUUUCAGUAUUUUGGAUUACGAAUCCAAACAAUACAUUCGUUGGUAAUCAUGCUGUUGGUGGUCGUUUCCCAUUUUGGUUUACAAUGCCAACAUUCCCGACUGGAUUGAGUGCAAACAGAUAUGCAGCUGGUUCUGUUAAUCCAAGAACUGCUCCUCCAAAACCAUUCGAAAACAAUGUUGGCCACAGUUCAUCAGGAAAUGCUCUCCAUAUAGACGAUAUGGAAAAGGCCAAUGGUUCGACUGAACAGGCAGGAUAUUACCCUCCUUCUGGAGUAACUGAGGCACUUUAUGUUGGAUUCAUUGCUUACAAGAAUAGAGGUUAUGGAUUGUGGUGUAGAGGUGGAUUGUUACGUUUCAAAAAUUUAUACUUGGCUGAUAAUAGAGUCGCAAUGAAUUCUCCACCUGGUCCGAAUAUUAUUCAAGAUAGUAUCUUUAUUGGUGAAUCUGAAAAUGUUGGUGAAUAUUCCUUUAGACCUAAGAUUGAUAAUGGUAACAGAACUAGACCAGGUCAAUAUAUUUCUUCUAAUUUGGAUUUAAUUAAGGGAUAUGAAACAUAUGAUAAUGGCGGUCCACAAUAUUUAAGAAAUAUUACAUUUAUUAACUUUUUAACCGAUUCUUACAAAUACGCUGGUGCACUCUCAUCAUUGAAUAACAACUUUAAGCUUCAAACAAAGAAUAGAUAUUCUGAUUUGAAAUUUGUCAAUGCCAAUAGAUAUAUGGUUUUCCCAUGGAACUAUCCAACCACUUAUGAUAAUCAGAAAGCCAUUGCAUUGAUGGAUGUCGAUGGAUCCAUUACAAAUAUUUCAUCUAUUGGAGGAUGGAUCACUGGUAACGAAUCAAUCAUGUUAUUCCCUCAAUGUCAAGCAAGAAAUGACUGGAAUGCUUACCAAUGCCCAUUCUUUGGUGAAUCAUUUUCUCAAUUCCGUGUUUUGAAUUAUAACUUUACUGGCAUGAACACAACUGGAAGUGAUGGUAUUAGUAGACCUGAUAUUAUUAACACAGGCAAGGCAGUUACGAGAAUGAUCGUUGUUGAUUUAUUGAGAAAUCGUCAAUCGAAUGUUAUUGGCGCUAUUGCAAAUGGUUUAUAUUACAUGCUUAGUAAUAUGAUAGCCAGAGGAUUUUACGGUAUUCGUUGGCCUAAUGAUAUUCCAACACCAAAAGAUUUGAGCUUUUUCCUUGACUCUGGUGCCACAAACGAUUGGAUUGUAAUUGCUAUUCAAUACCCAAAGGGAACGAUUUUCAAUAUCAGAUAUGGUAACUCAAUUAAUAUGACUAGAACCACUAGUUUCUCAACCAUGUUGCAGGAACAAAAUACUUUUUAUUACUACGAUGAUAGCACUGAGCACUUGUAUUUGAAAGUCAAAAAUAAUGCUGCAAGAACAUCAUAUAGAGUGGUUGAUACCUUUGUUGAUUACUAUUCAGGUGGUGUCUUUUAUGUGAAUGCUACAUGUCCAAAUAAUAACUGUGCUCCAUCAAAGUUCAGUAAUCCAAUUAAUCCAGUAAGUACCUACAAGGCUCUAAUGAGAGAGGAUCGAUAUGUUGGGCGAUUAGAAGCAAGUCAACAAGCUAGUGUAAAACCUUUGGCAGCCAACUCUGCUAGUGGAGGUGGAUAUGUGUUUGCUUUUUUCAAUAAUAGGACAAAUUCUCUCGAUUUUACACUUCAACAUAAUUUAAAUAGUAUUGUAACAUCUAUUGAUAUUGGAUUUGGACUUCCUGGAAAGGAGGAGUACAUUGCUGACUCUAAUAUUGUUCCAUACUCCCAAAGUAGAUUUGGAUAUACUUUAUCUUACAAUGAAUGGAACUAUUUACUUCAAGGCAAAAUGUUUGUCAAGUUGUCAACCACACAAAAUCCAAAUGGACAUUUGAGAGCUCAAUUAUAUAUUAAUAAUGCUACAUCCGUUAUUUGUAAUUUACCACCAUUAGUGUCCACAGUCAAGCCAUGUGAUAGCUUGAACCUGAAGAACUCAUCCCAUGUAAUUUCAAUUUACGAUGAAGGAAGGAAAUUAACCAAUGAAUGGUACAUGUACACCUAUAUUCCAUCAGAUGUUAGAAAUAGUUUUUUGAAUGUGACUUACUCUCCAGCAAUUUGUGGAAAUUCUUCAAUACAUUUUGGUUUUAGAAAGGGUAAUAUUUCAUUCAAUAAGAUUGGUUCCAAUAGAAUCAAUGUUGAUACCAGUAUCUUCAAAUACUUUGAAUUCUUUAUCAAGACUGUCAAUAAUACAGGUCCAGUCUCAGGUUUGACCCUCAUAUUUGGAUAUUUGAAUGAUACCAAAGUGGUUGACUUUGCCAAAAUCACCACCCAAUCCAAUCACACUCAAUAUCUCAGAAUUGAUGGUACUUCCGUUACACGUAUAAGAAUUCCACUCACUGAACUUGGUUUUGCUCCUAUCCAAAAUGUUCAAAGAAUAGUAUUCUAUUUAGCAGACCAAACCAACUUUGUCGAAUUCCUUUUGGAUAAUAUGAGAUUUGUUGGAGUUCCAGCAACUAGUGAAACAACUGCAAGAUCAAUGACAGUUUCACAAUGCAAAUACUUUGGUGGCGUUUCAUCAUGUGGAAGUUUGGUCAAUCCAGACCCAGAUCCAUUCGGUAUUAGAAAAUUAUAA